AUGAGUAAUUCCCAAGAAACGCUCUAUAAGUGUGAGGAAUGCAGUUCAGAGUUUAAAAUGCGAAAGAACUUCUACGCCCAUAUGAGGAAAGUUCAUGAACUUGAUAUCCAUGUGUCUAAAAAAGGAAAAGGCAGUGAAUUGUGUCCCCAGUGCGGAAUUGCAUUUAUGAGAUGCAGUUCAUUAAAACGUCAUCAAAUAACUGUGCAUGGCAUGAAGUCGGAGGAAAACAGUCGGAAAUGCCGCAUUAUUUGCCCACAGUGCUCUCUCUCGUUUCUCACCUAUGACACACUGAGAACACAUAUUCAAGAGAACCAUGACGUUAGUUUUGAGUGCCAGGAGAUAGAAUUUGGUUGUCUUGUAGACUUUGAAGAGUGGAAAAUUUCUUACGAAAAAGUAAACCAUGUUCGUUAUGUAAUGAAUUGUUCGGAGCAGGAGCGACUAGAAAAACGUGUUCGAUAUUACCACUGCCAUCGCUCUUUCAAUUUCAAUUCUAAAGGAACAGGUGCCAGGUGUGUCAAAAGUAUGGGCACGAAUAAAAUAGGCAGUACUUGUCCAUCCAACAUGCAAGUGACAAUAACAGAGGACAAAUGCUGCUUAAAAUUUUUUCCAAAACAAAUGGGACACACCCAAGAUGUUGGAAGAACAUUUCUGCAUGGGAACGAGAGGGCAGAGUUGGCAAGACGGCUGUCACAGGGUGUUCCUGUUGGACGAGUUUUACAAGAUGUCCGAAGUGCACCAAUCGCUGCAAGUGUGGAGAGAAUCCAUCUCCUUGAGAAAAAAGAUUUGCAUAAUAUAAAAAGGGAUUUUGAUAUUGGUUAUGCAACGAAGAAGCAUGAAAAUGAUGCAGUGAGCGUGAAAUUGUGGGUUGAAGAAAUGAAGAGGCAAAGUGACAACCCAGAGAGUGAACAGUGUUCCUUGCCCUCUAGUGCAGACAAUGAAUAUGUGUCAGCAUUGCUUUCUGGCAAUUCAGAAAAAUCUGCUGACACAUUUGAACAGGAUGUGAUGUCUCACUGUGAAACUAUAGUUGCACUCAGCAAAGGAACACAGUGUGGACAAGAGACUAAGGCCAAAGUAUUGAAGGAUCUGAAGAAGAUCAUUGGCAAUCUUAAUAAAGAUUUUUCUUUCUCAGAAGAAAACACAGUAAAUGUGAAUGCCAAGAUUGAAUCUCAGGCUAGAUUUUUUUCCACAAAGCAGAGAAGGAUUUUGUGA